GUUGGACCAAGCACCAGCGAGACACCACCGCAACCUGAUGGACACCAAAACACUCUAACGGUCUCCUCCUGCCUGGAAGACUCUCUGUUACGCGUUUCAGUGGACUCAAGUUUGCACUGUGAGUCAAAGUGGAUGUUUAGUUGGAUAUAAAGAAGUUGUUCUGAGAAAGAGGAAGGCUUUAGGGAGAGAAAAGAGGGACGCAGCUUUCCUUUAACUCGGUUCCAGCGCGCAGCACCAUGAGCGUCCCGCUUUACGCACCGACUCCCAUCCAGCCGGCCCACCCGACACCCUUCUACAUCGAGGACAUCCUGGGGAGGACUGCCUCCACCACCUCCCCAUCUUCCUCCUCAUCCUCCUGCUCCACUCCGAUCAUGCCUACACCGACCCUCCCGUCGCCCAACUCCUCCUUCACCAGUCUCAUCUCGCCGUACAGGACCCCGAUUUAUGAACCCACCCCGAUCCACCCGGCGCUGUCUCACCACGCCGCCGCUGCGUUCACCUACGCCUCCGCCGGGGCUUUCGCCGGCUCCAUCUACCCGUUCCACCACCACCACCACCACCACCAGCACCACCGCUCCAUGGGGGAGUACGCACAGGCGCUGCUGAGGCACGACCCUCUCGGCAAGCCCCUGAUGUGGACCCCCUUCAUGCAGCGGCCCCUCCACAAGAGGAAGGGGGGGCAGGUCCGGUUCUCCAACGAGCAGACCAUCGAGCUGGAGAAGAAGUUCGAGACGCAGAAGUACCUGUCCCCCCCCGAGAGGAAGAGGCUGGCCAAGAUGCUGCAGCUCAGCGAGAGACAGGUUAAAACCUGGUUCCAGAAUCGAAGAGCGAAAUGGCGGAGACUAAAACAGGAAAAUCCCCAGGGAGUGAAGAGGGAGGUGGAGGAUGAAGGUUCCGCGGGGAGGAGUAAAGGAGACGAGACCUCCGACUCCUGCGGGAUCCAGAGCCCGGAGCAGAGACUCACUGCCCCGGCCUCAGAGCUGCAGGCGGCCCGCUGCGGGCGUUCCGUGUCCCCGCAGCGGCAGAACCAGCAGGACCAGCAGAGCCAGAACCAGCAGCAGAACCAGAACCAGCAGCAAAACCAGACGCAGCAGCACUCAGAGCUGGACUCUGAUGUGUCAGAGGAUACAGACCAGGAGCUGGACAUAGAGGACGACGGGUUCACACUGAACCAUUGACCUUUAUGUGACCACAGUUCCACUGAAUCUGAUCCACCAGCUGGGUGAUGAAGAUCAUGAGCUCUUCUUCAGCCUGUCCCUUCACAUUCAGGCCCUUUACUGGGGGGGCCUUGCUGGGGCCAGCUACUUUAUGAGAGGGGCCCAUUUAAUGCAGGACAAAAUAGAAAUAGAAUAGACAGUUUUUGUUCAGUUCAAGUCAUAGUCCAUAAAAAACAUAAAACACCAUAAUUGGUGUUCUCUUAGACCAAUGACUCAGGUACAGUUUUAUUAAAUUGGAUUAUUGGAGAUCACAUUCAUGCGAAUGCGGACCCAAGUAACAGUAGUCUUUGCUGCAACGCUAUAUCAUAAAUUGUAAUAUUAUAAAAUAUUCCUUUGCAGGGGGGCCACAGGGGGGUCCAAGCUCAGUGUUACAGGGGCGCUGGCUUCUGCUGCCCCCCCCUAUGGCCCAUGGUCUUUUUACUUCAUGUUGAGACAGGUUGACUAGCCUGUUGUAAUAUUUAGGUGAAAAUCAAACCCCAAUAACGUUUCCCCAUUGUUCCGUGCCUUUCACUAUGACUGUCAUCUCUAUUGAACAACAGUCUUUUUGUACAUAAUAGCACUCGCUGUAUUUGUGUUGUUUCUGUGUUGUGGAUCACUGUAAAUGAACUGUUAUCUUCUGUUCUGUAUGUCGGGUGAUAAACACUCAUAAGUCUAUGGGCUGUUGCCUUAAUGUGAUAUUCAAUUAAAUAAUCAAUGUAGCACAUUAUGUUCUGUUUUGUCACAUUUAAUAAACUAUUUUU